AACCGUCUUUAGUAUAUCGUAAAGCAGCCAACUAGAUACUCACCUGGUCCAUUUCCGAUCACCACUUUUCAUAUAAUUGUCCUUUCUAAAAUUCCAAUUCGUUUUAUUUUUAUACUUUUUCUUUCUUUUUUUUUCUUCCCCCCCAUUGAAACCUAUUCUACCCUUUCGAGUUUUCAUUAUCGCGAAUGAAAAAAAAAUGUCUUGAUCGAUCAAAACCAGUUAUAACGCGAACGUAUUUUUUUUUUUUUCUAAAUUAAGAUUCACUUGCGAGUUUUAGUUAUCAUCAAGAAAAAGUGUAUAUAAGAAAGAAAAAAGACAAGAGAGAGAGAGAGAGAGAGAAAUUUGUAGUUUUGAUAGUUUGGAAAUCUUCGAUUAGAUCAAGGGUACCAAGUUAUCGAAAUGAUUCGUUUGAAGAACGUGAUAAAUGUCAUCGUACUGCUAACCUUUGUGUUUCAUGGAUCGAUCAUCUGUCAGGAUUUCAAAUCGGAUGAUCCAGGACUGAACGAGCCAGAUUUUGUUACUCCGGAAUACAUAUUACCAUGUUCACGAAAGGAUCCCAAAUUUGAGGUAUGCGUGACGAAAACGUUGAACCAUCUGAAGCCUUAUUUGGUGAAAGGAAUUCCGGAGUUGGAUUUGCCACCGAUCGAGCCAUUAACGAUACCAGAAUUGGGUAUGGAAAAUGGGCAAGGUGCAGUUAGAGUUAGUGCACUUUUUUCAAACAUCACAGUCCUAGGUGCUGGCAAUUAUAAUAUGACGAAAGUCCGAGUGGAUUUGAACACUUUGAGGAUCGAUCUUCAUCUAACUAUUCCUAAGGUCGAGUUACAGGGUCGUUACGAGGUAGCUGGGAACGUUCUUUUGUUUCCCAUUAAGAGUCAUGGUGAUUUUUGGGCACUUUUCGGUGACGUAGCGGCAAUAGCACGUGCACAAGGAGCCAUAGAAAUUCGAGAUGGUAUACGUUACAUGGGACUUACCAGAUUACUGAUAGAUUUUAGUCUUGGCCGUGCAAGAUUUCGUAUAAUCGACGAAUUAAAUGGCGACAACGUGAUUGGCCAAGCGAUGAAUCAGUUUCUCAAUCAAAAUGCGAAAGAGAUAAUUGAAGAAAUGAGACCGGCUGCGAGCAGUAGCAUUGCCAAACACUUCCUAUCAUUCCUUAAUACGGCCUUUAGGAAGAUACCACUCAAAGUUUGGCUACGUGACGUAUAGUUUAUGAUAAUUGAAUAUUUCAAUAUUAUUAUAACAAAGGAGAUUAAAAGAAAGAGAAGGAAGGAAAGAAAAAGAAUUAAAAAAUUAAAAAUAAAAAAAUCGAAAGGCUUACUAAUAUCGAAUAAUUAUUUUUAUUAUUUUUAUGAAUAACGUGCGUGUGAGAUAAUACCAGUACGUUCUUCUUUAAAUAUUACAUUCAAAAAAGAACUUAAAGUUUCCAAAUUAAUUGGCAUUUCUUUCUCUUUUCUUUCUUUAUUUAAUGAUUUUAUAUGUAUAUAUUAUAAACUCGCAUGCGUUCUUUUCAAGGAUACGACAUGUGCAGGAUGAUUCUAUUCGAUAUUGAAAAAAUAAUACUAAAUUUAUUAACGAACGAACUUUCGUGUGUUUCGAAAGCUGUUCGUUAUCAAAAAAUAAAAAUUAAAAAAAGAAAAAAGAAAAAAGAAAAAAACAGACUAUACAAAACAGACUAAAACAAAUAUAUAUAUAUAUGCUUUAUUUUUUUUUUUUUUUAAAUCGGAUAGCAUCGUAGAAUAAUGUUUUAUAUAAAAUCAUAUGGAUCUCUAAUACGCAUACGUGUACAUAUACAUACGUAACGUUCAAUCGUUUCGUCGAUUCAUAUUCGAUCUAAACAUCAAAAAUUUUAUCGAUCUCACGUUUCCACAAAUUUGUCGUCCAACUUGUACAUAGUUUUUCAUAGAAGGCAGUAAAAAAAAAAAAAACCAACCAUAAAAUCCAAAGUAAAAAAAAAAAAAAACUUGAAUAACUUUCAUGUAUUAAUCUUAAGAUAUUUUUUUUUUUUGUUUAACUUACUUGUGAUAGCAUUUACAUUAUCUAUAUAUACAUAUACAUUUAUUAUAUUAUUAAAAAGGAAACUUUGUACAUAGAAAUAAAUCUGAAUAAAUAAAGUCGAUGAAAAGCAA